AUGCAGACCCCACAUCUGCUGGAACUCUGGACCUUGCCUUACUGGGCACCAGGCCCCACCUCCUUUGUUUCGUCACUCGGCUGCUUACCCCCACCGGUAUCCCGCGUCCCCAAGGCACUCCGCGCAGAAACCUUCCUCGGCUGCUAUCACCAUGGCGACUACAGCAGCGCCCCGCCUCUUCACCCCUGGAAAGCCUCCACCAAGCCCAUCACCGCGGCAGCAGGCCCUGCAGUUAGCCGGAGUAUGGAGCCCAUGGGCCUUCAUAGCACCUCCCAAGCCCUGUACAUGGUCCUUUUAAUAGUGCUGGUCAUGAGGAGCUUGGUGUUUGGUAAUUUUGAUCCUGUCAAUCCGGAACCCCCUCAUCCAGCUCAGUUCUCCAAAUAUCUGCGCUGCUAUCGAUGCCUCUUGGAGACCAAGGAGUUGGGAUGCCUUCUGGGAUCUGACAUCUGCCUUGCCCCUCCUGGCAGCAGCUGCAUGACUCUGCUCAUAAAGAACAGCAGUGGUUCUGACAUCAUGGUGAGUGACUGCUGCCGCAAGGAGCAGAUGAGUGAUUGUUCGCAUACCCGCUCUUCUCCAGUGUUUGGCUUCUGGAUAUUUUCUCGAUGCUGCUUCCUGGUCUGCAAUAACCCUCAGAACAGUGUUCUAUAUUCCUUAGAACUUCCGCAGAGACUUUUAGAAUAA